AUGCACUUCAUUUUCUUGAUAUUAACAUCUCUGAUACCGUUAUCGCUACAGAAAUCAACACCAGAAGAUUUGAGCUAUGUGGCGGCAGUGGUUGAAUACGAAUUCAGUUGGGAUGUAGCUAGCAAUGUACAGAACUAUCUAACGUUGAUCAGAGAUGCUGCUGAAAAGGAUGCUGACGUGGUGGUAUUCCCAGAGUUAUGCUUAAAUCCUGGUCAAGAUCAUUAUGUGCCUAUUCCAAUUAAUUCCUUGUUGAAGGAUGAUCCAAUACCAGCAAUACGAGCGGAUUUAUAUCAUGAGAUCUUAGUAGCAAUAUCAGCUGGUGCGCGUGAGAACUCGAUCUACGUAGUUGUUAACAUUCAAGAAAUAAUGAACUGUGAGGACGCCCCAGGUGAAGAAUGUCCGGAAAAGAAGACAUAUAUUUUUAACACUAACAUCGUUUUCGACAGACAAGGAGCAGUUGUUAGUAGAUAUCGGAAAAUGAAUCUGUUCGGAGAGUAUUCUCGCACACCAGCUUUAAGGCCAGACUUGGGCGAGUUCUCAACAGACUUUGGUGUCCGGUUUGGACAUUUCAUCUGCUUCGACCUGAUGUUCCAGGUCCCAGCUGUACAGACUCCACAGAAGCUUAAUGUAACUGAUAUCAUAUACACCGGAAUGUGGGUCUCAGAGUUACCCUAUUUAACAGCUGUUCAGAUUCAAGAGGCGUAUGCGCAUUCAAUGAAUGUGAACUUCAUAGCAGCUGGAGCCAAUAAUGUUACUGAGGGUGGAGCAGGGUCUGGCAUUUAUUCUGGCAAGGCGGGUGCUUUAAUAAGCAUCAUGCCUGGUCUACCUACUACACGACUUCUUGUCACAAGGGUUCCUAAAGUUCCUGGACAGGUACAAUCCUAUCCAGGACCAAUAUAUAACGACCCCUCAGAUCAUGACAAUCUCUUAAUUAAUGGGGAUCCAUCGAUGGCAGCCCACACAAGCCGGUUACUUGUACCCGGUUAUCAGAGCUUCACACUUACAAGUGGGGACAUAAUUUGCUCUUUUAAUAUUAAUCUGACGCAAACGGACAAGACGUUAUACAAAUAUCGAGCUGGAGUGUUAAGUGGAGUUCGCACAUAUGACGGCAAGGCAUCUGGAGGUAUAAAGGUGUGUGCUGUAUUCGCUUGUACAGGAGAUGGGAUCGAUUCAUGUAGCAAAAGAUUUCCCAAAUAUACAGCGGAGUCUCUUGCGACGUUUGAAGAGCUAUCCAUAGCUGCGAACCUAACAACUCCAAAACGAAAUGAAGAUUUGCAAGCUGACAACAUAGUUUAUUAUCCAAUAUCGCUACAACCAUCAAUUUUGCCUCUCGAAGCCAAAGACUAUUCCCUUAAUAUCAACCAAAUUGGAGACAGAACCUUUUAUAAUUAUAAGCUUUUAAAUGGAAACGUAGAGUUAUAUUCCUUCGGUAUUUUUGGACGUAUGUUUGAAAGAGAUGACGAGGCACCGUCACCUCCAUGGACUGAGGUGGAAAACUAA